AUGCGGCUCAUAGCAGUGCCCCUUGCACGGGCGAGGCCAUCUUCGCAUCCCAUCUCGACGUUUGUCGCCCAGACCGCCUCCAGAGCAGCCGAGAAGGCGGCAGCGGCUGCCGCAGCAAAGCAGCAGAACGACGCAUCCAAACCACCACUCAGCACACGCCUCCUCAACAAAGCGUCAGCCUUCUGGAUCGACCUCGGUCGCACAGACCAGACGAGCACCUUUGACUGGAAGCGCAGAACCUACGUCCUCGGCGAGCGCCUCAUGGACCGCAUCGAGUACCAGGAAUGGGCCCUCAAAGGAAUCGAUCCUGCAAUGGGACCCCUUCGCCACGAGUCAAAGGCAAAGCAAGCCGACGUGGCUGCCGCAGACACCGGCAUCCCCAAGCUCGAUCACAUUCCAUUGCUAUACCCACCCUCGUUGCUCGAACCACAAAGGCUUCUCAAGAGCCUCAAGAACUUAACAGAUCACCGCACGCCGCAUCACUACCGUCGUUUCUGGUACUGCGUCGUGGGAAUGCCCAUCACCAUCCCCUUCGCGCUUGUUCCGGUGGUACCAAAUCUGCCGUUCUUCUAUCUGGUGUACAGGGCUUUCAGUCACUGGAAAGCGUACAAGUCGUCUCAGUAUCUCUCUACGCUGAUCAGUCAGGACCGCGUGCAACCUACAGAAAGCAAGGAGCUCGACGAGAUCUUUGCUCAGACAUCUCCGCCUCCACCGACGGAGACGUCAGAGGCCUCUGACAAGCCACAGGAUGCCGUGGUGCCCAAGGUUCAAGACGACCGCAUGCUGUUCCUGCCGCACCACAUCCCCAUGCUUAUGGAGCGCAUGGAAUUCCCCGAAUGGGUGAGGGCGGACUUGCGUCGUGCGCGUCUGCAGGUGGAAAAGAGUGCGGCAGAGAACAAGCUCGAAGAGCUCGAAAGCAACGCCGAGCACGAACAUCCCGAGAACAAAAAGUGA